AUGUAAAAGAGAAAGUCUCAUAAUAAACUUCCUACUGAGAUCAUCCACCCUAAUAACUGCUUUAUUAUGCCUAAGUCAAUUAGGUACUCACCUAUAUUCUCCAUAUUAUAGAACUACGUAGACUUCAUCGCAAAAUAUUUAAAUUUAAAAGUUUCCUUCUUCUAAUAAUAUCGAUGAUUCUGAUUAAAUAUAUCGUUCAGAAAUCAUAAUGAACCAUCGUUAAUCGCUUAAUUUAUAUAAAUCUAAUUUGGAAUUGCAAUCUGCGCUUCACUAUUCUGACAUUAAUUAAGCUCAGCUUUAACGAAUCAACUAAUAGUUAUUAUAAAAUAACAUAGAUCUCCAGGCACUGUACAAUAAAUCGGAAUAAGAAAAUAAAUAAUUAUAAAAUGAGCUCAUUAAUUUUUAAAAUCGCAUAUCAUUAAAAGAAAACGAAUUUAAGAAAACUGUUGAAAAUAAUGCACAAUAUAUGAAAGAGAUAGCUUAAUUGAAAAUUUAAAUGCAAAAGGUAUGACCAAUUUUUAAUUUAAGUUAAAUUAAACUUUAAAUAAGUUAUCUGAAGAGAAUAAUUAGUUAAAAGAGAAAUUUGAAAUGAAUUAAAACUUUAGUAACUCUCUGUCUUAGAUAUAAGGCCUAUCAAGCAGAAGAGAGGGUAAUUAAUAAAAUGAUUGCAAUUUAAGUGGAUCAUUAAUGUCCCAAAACUCUAGAAUCAAAACUAAUAGCUUUUCAAACACAAAACAUAAUAUCUCUGAUUAUUAGACUUAGAUAAUCUCCUAUUAAAAUUAAGUGGCUGAAAAGAACUAAUUAAUUUUGGGAUUAUAAUCAUAAGUCCGAAAUUUGACUGAAGUUUAGAGAUAAUUGAUGACCCCAAAGAAAAAAUAUAUUAAUGAUUCCUAGAAUUUCCAUUUAAAUAAUCCUACGCAAACUCCAAUUGAAAACUCUAGCAUUUAAUAUGGCAGUAAUAUUGGUAGCAAUAUCAAAUUAUUAAAUUUGAUUAAUGAUCAGAAAAAUUAAGAUUCAACAAUUCACAAAACUAGAUAAUCAGAUGAAAUUGAUGUAAUCUUUAUAAUGAAGUUAGGUUGGACCAAGCAUAAAGUCAUAGAUAACAAAUUUAAAAUCGAAAUAGGAAUUGUCCUAAAUUUAUAAGAAAAUUAAUUAAUCAACUAUUUAUACAGCAGGUCUUUACUCUAGCUUAUUAGAUUAUCAAUAUUUAUCAAAUGUAUAAUAAAUUAUAAUUUUAGAACAAAUUACUCAGUGCAUCAAGUUCAAAGGAAUUUAUUUUACACUGA